AUGAUCCAUAGCGAAGAUGAGCGUACAAAACAAAGAAAUUAUGACUACAAUGGCACUCGAAUUCUGCACUAUUUGGCCAUACCGUGUCUCAUUACUAGUUGCCUUGUGAUAAUAAUAAGGGCUGACAGUCAUAAGGAGGAAACUGUGUAUUUAUCAGCAGUCACACUGCAGUUGGGAUGGCUUUCACAUAUGAUGAUGUUCGUAGUUGCAUCUUUUUGGCUAGCUUUAUUGAUUGAGUUGAACAAGGAAGUUGAUUUACCAAAACAAACGGUUUUGAUGUCGACUUGUGUCAUAGGCGAAGUACUCUUAAUGUCGGCCUGCUCUGUGGAGCAGUAUCCAACUUUUACAGUUGGAUUAAUUGAAUUUGGAACUGUACUUUAUUCAUACAUUAUUAUCUUUGACCGGUUAAACUAUCGUAGAGCGAUUUCGGUCUUAUCUUUCCUGUCUUUUACCCGUUUUUUGUGUUGGUCAACAUUUACGCACUUCUCCUUUCACGCUCGUCCAUUUCUUGCUUAUGCCUGUAUUUACUUCGGUUUUAUUUGCAGCUAUUUUCUUUGCCAGCGUCUAGCAACACCACCCUAUUUAGGUACAUCUUCGCUACCGCGUACACAAUUUAUUAACGCUAACAGUCUGUCAUCCAUUAACGGAUCAAAUCAACAAGGUGCUUUGAAAGAACUAGCGGUAAUUAGUGAUAGCACAUCUAUGAAUCGCCGUGCUUCAACGCAAAGCUUUUCGCACCGCUCACCAGGACUUAAUACCACAAGAUCUCUUUCUAAACGUCGCACAUCUCUACCAGUAGGUGGCCUAAAGCCGAAUAGAUCAUGCUUAAGUGAUAGUUGA